GAUGUCUGUCUCCAUAAUUCGUCACAAACCGAGAAAUUCUGAAUUCAUUUCAAAUAAACUCAUCACAAGAAUUACAGUUUAUUGAACAUAUUGCAUUAGUGUUUGUGUCUAUCUAAACAUUAGUCUUCAUAGUUACAUCUCUAAAGUAGUUUACAAUACAACACAAAAAUGCCAAAACGCUGUGAAAGUUGCAAUGAAAUUAUGGAUGAGCUUCUAACAAUGCGACAAACAUUCGAAAGAAUGUCUAAAAAAUUAACCAAAGAAAUAACUGACCUGCAGCAAGAAGUAACUGAUGCUAUGAGCAAUACAACAUGAGGAAAAGCACAAAUUACUGAAGAGAAUAGUAGCUCAGUUCCAACUGAGCCACCUACAAAAGUGAAGUGUUGCAAUGUCGAUAAAAUUGAAUAUAAAAGUGUAAAAUCAAAAGGAAAUAAAAAUAGCAGGAUUCCGAAAUUUGGGCCUGAUAAUACUGAGUCGGGGGAAAAAGAGCCAAACAGAAUAAAACAAGUAAAUCUAAUAGAACGACCUUUAUUGAAAUUGCAUAAUAUACAAGCUCGUGUCAUGCCCACUCAUCCCUUCGAAACAGCACAACAAUUUGAGGAUUGGCACGAUAUUCUAAAAGAGAACAAAGAAUUAUGUGAAAAACUGAAAGAAGAGCUUAUUCAGGGGUGUCCCGUUGAACCACAUAAAUAUAUAAGAAAUGUAUGGCGCAGUAUUUUCAAAAACGAAGCAGCUGAUUGUUACUCGUACACCGCAAAAGGUCGUAGUAAAAGGCGUGCUAUUAAGAAAUAUUUGUUUACCAACAUUUUUCAAGAAAGUUUCCUCAAACGUUUUCCCGGCAUGGAUGAUAUUUUCUUCAUAGACAAUACAAUGCGCUUUUUCAUCUAUGAGCACAAUGUAAUGAGUAAAAGUUUGCGCAAUAAACAAAAACUACAAACCGGCACGGAACCGAGAGUACAAAAUGAGGCAUUUACGGAUGAUGAAAUGGAAGAACAAAUUUUCAAUGACUAUGAAGAUUCAAUAUUAUAGGUUUUGUUGAAGAUUUAUAGAAAUUCGCUUAAAAUACUUCUCUAUAAUAAAAAAUCAGAGCAUAUUA